ACCGGCCUCCCUCCCCUCCGCCUCCCUCCAAUGCCCUACUACUGCUAACCCCUGCUCCCAAUCCCCCCACCUGAUCCGCGGAUUAGCCGUCCCCCAACCCCAUCUGUGUCGUCGAUUCCGUCCCCGCUUCCGCAAUCUGAUCGGAUCUCUCUGGGGUUUUGAUUUCUCAUAGUAUUUUUUUUUUGUUUUUUCUGUUGCGUUCGUGUGGUUUGGUUUGUUGUUGGUAUAGAGAUGAUGGGCGCGAGGGGGGCGGAGGGGAGGACGGAGGAGAAAGAGAUGGACUUGCUCCUCAGCGAGAUCCCUCACGUCACGUCGCCGCAGAGGCAGCGCAGCGUCAGCGCCGGCGUCAUCGGCCACGGCAACGGCGUGCAUGGCGCCGCGGGCGGUCACGGGUACGCCGCGCAGCGCUACGGUGACGAGGACGCGAACUACGCCGUGGUCCUGAACCGUCGCGAUGAUGGUGGUCAAGUCCAGGGCGGCGGCGCCGUAGGCGGCGUCGGUUUCCACUCGCCGCUCCCCGUGGGCUCCGCGACGUUGCAGGCGUCAAGCCCGUUCGUUGGUGGUGCGCCGUCGCCGCUGGUGCAGGCGGUGGAUGACCCGGAGAAGCAGUGGCUCGCUAACCAGCUCCGCGGCCUGCACAUCAGGGACGCGCCCGCCACGGACGCGCAGGCCGCGCUCCGGCGCCAGGGCCCGCCAAUCCCUCCAGUCAAGAACACGGCCCCGGCGGAUGUACCCGCCGCGCACAGUGCUUACUAUGGCUACAACUUUGGGGCGCCAGGUUCUUCCGUUCAUCAUGAACACUUGUUCCUUGAUCAGGCCAAGGCGGUCGGGUACGUCGCGGCACGGCCGCAGCACUACGUGUCAGACGUCGGAUUGGAUGGCUACGGCGGCUUCCCGAGAGGCUUGGACACCAGCAUGGGCGGCUUCGUGUACAAAAGGGUAGGGAAUGGCACAGGCACUGGUUCGGGCCAAGGGUUGGUGCACCCUGAUCUCGCCGAGUCGUACGUGCUCUCUGGUCAGGCUGGUGCAGAACACAACUGGGAAUUCUUCAGUCCUAGUCCCAUUGCCCUCGAGGCCCGCGGUGGACCGAAGGUGCACUAUGCGUAUGGUGUCCCUGUGGCUGACAAUGGGUUUGUGAGAGGUGGCUUCAGUCAAUUUGAGGCAUUCCGUUGCGACAACAGUAUGAUGUUUGAUGGGAAGAACAUAAACUUCCUGGACCGUGGGAGGGAGAGGAGAUUCCAGCAGUAUGUUAAUAACAGGGCACUGGAGCUUGGGAACUCUAAGACGCUGAGGUAUGAGAACAUGGUUGGAGUCAAGGGCUACAUCUACUUCAUGGCCAAGGACCAGAAUGGGUGCCGGAUCUUGCAGCAGAAGUUUGAGGAAGGGAAACAUCAUGUGGAUGUGAUCUUUGAAGGAAUCAUCGACCACAUUGGAGAGCUAAUGAUCGACUCUUUUGCCAACUAUCUCGUACAGAAGAUGCUGGAUGUGUGUGACGAAAAGCAGAGGCUGAGGAUCAUAGCUGUGCUCACGGAGGACCCUUUGAAGCUGCUCAGAAUCUCUCUAAACACACACGGGACAAGGGCAGUACAAAAAUUGAUAGAGACUGUUAGGAGUAGAAAGCAGAUUUUGCUCAUUAUUUCAGCCCUACAACCAGGCUUCAUGCACCUUGUCAAUGACCUUAAUGGUAAUCAUGUCAUACAGAAAUGCCUGACAAACUUUGGGGCAGAGGAGAACAAGUUCAUAUUUGAGGCCGCUGCAACUCACUGUUAUGAUAUGGCAAUACAUCGACAUGGAUGCUGUGUUUUACAACGUUGCAUAUCUAGUGCACGUGGUGGAUAUCAGGCCAAGCUAAUUGCGGAAAUAUGUGCUCAUGGCUUUGAGCAUGCUCAAGAUCCAUUUGGGAAUUAUGUGGUCCAAUAUGUUCUGGGACUGAAAAUUCCUUCUGCAAAUGCACACUUGGCAUCUCAGUUUGAAGGAAGGUACGUUCAUCUCUCAAAGCAAAAGGUAAGCAGCAAUGUGGUGGAGAAAUGCCUGAAGUUUUUCUCGGAUGAUGACAAAGCUGUCAUAGUACGUGAAUUGAUCAAAGGGUCUCAUUUUGAACAACUGCUGCAAGACCCUUAUGCCAACUACGUCAUUUACACUGCCCUUCUCCACACCAGGGGCCACCUGAACAAUAUCCUUGUUGAAGCAAUCCAUCCUCACGAGGAAGCCCUUCGGACCAGCCCAUGUUGUAAGAGGAUCUCCAGGGCCCUCUCCAGGAGGUGAGAGGUGUACAAUCUGUGCCCGUGGUACAAGAAGGCCGCCUGCAUUUGAUUGUUAUCAAUUUAUGUUCACUAACUGUUCACCAUAAUGUAUUCUGCCACACCGCCGACACGAGCCUCAGCCCUCAGGGUUCCGAAAGGCCGGUUUUGGUUGCAAGAAAGGUUCAAGUUAUCGUCAGGUUGUAGAAUUUUCCCAGGUGGUACCGCCCGUCCGUGUCUUGUGUUAUGUAGUUUUUUGCCGCUCGCCUCCCCUGAUGGUGAUGCUGUAGAGUUGUAAAAGGAACCUGCGUUUUCUGCCUUGUCUGCUUUUGUAUCUGCUGUAUUAAUUCCCCCUUCGGUUUGUGUGAGAACAGGGUAACUAGUA